AUGGCGACUGAGGCCUCAUUUGAAAUAAGGUCCUUAAGACCUACACAUUCUUGUACUCGAGUAUACAAGAGCUCAAUUGUCAAUUCGAGGUGGAUAGCAGAUAAACUUUAUGAUAAGUUUAAGGUUCAACCAGACAUGCCAUUGCGAGUGAUACAAGAUGAAGUCAAGAGGAAAUGGAAUGUUGAAGUCAGCAGGAGUCAAAUGUUGUGGGAUUACUGUGAGAAUUUAAGGUGUACUAACCCGGGUAGCUGUGUAGUGAUGAAGGUUGAAAGACCAAACCCUAAUUUGCCUGCUAAGUUUCAAAGACUCUACUUGUCCCUUGCAGCCAUGAAGAAUGGGUUCUUGGAAGGUUGUAGGCCUGUCAUAGGCCUAGACGGGUGCUUUCUAAAAGGACCUUACAAGGGAAUGCUACUGGCUGCGAUUGGUCGAGAUGCCAACAACAACAUGUACCCAAUUGCAAUCACCGUUGUAGAAUCUGAGACAAAAGACAGUUGGACCUGGUUCCUGGAGUGCCUUGUUUCAGAUCUUGGUCAUCAUGAGAGGCAUACUGCUCCUACAUUCAUUUCUGAUCGGCAAAAGGGUCUUGUGCCAAGUUUUGAUGUUGUUAUGCCAAUGGCGGAUCACCGAAUCUGUGUAAGGCAUUUAUAUGCCAACUUUCGAGAUAAAGGAUUUCGGGGGGUGGCCUUGAAGGAAUUGUUGUGGAACGCAGCAUCGUCAUAUACUGAGGUCAAGUUCAGAUUUCAGAUGGAAGAGAUGAAGAAAGUCAGUCCUGAUGCCUUUGACUACCUAGACAAGAUUGACCCCAGCGGAUGGUCGAGAGCAUGGUUCAGUGACUAUCCUAAAUGUGACCUCCUUGUCAACAAUAUAUACGAGUGUUUCAACUCAUACAUCCUGAAGGCACGUGACAAGCCAAUUCUGACGAUGCUUGAGAUGAUUAGGAAGCAGCUCAUGAGAAGGUACCAACUUAAAAGAGAUGGCAUCAACAAAUUGAAGGGCAAGUUGUGCCCUAGAAUUGUUGAGAAGCUUGAGGCCAUUGGUGAGGCUGCAUCGGACUGCCUAUCCCGUUUUGCUGGUGAUGGCAUAUUUGAAGUAGAGCAGGGAAGAAGGCAAUAUGCUGUGGAUUUGAGGAGGAGGACAUGUGGUUGCAGACAGUGGGAGGUGACUGGGAUCCCAUGUGCACAUGCACAUUCUGCCAUAACAUUUCAUGGGCAUAAACCGGAGGAUUAUGUAGAUUCAUGUUAUAGCAUUGAGAUGUACAAGAAGGCUUAUGCUCCCAUCAUAUAUCCAAUGCCUAGUGAGGAACAGUGGGUGCACAACCAGCCCUCAAAAGGACAAUUACUGGAAAAUCAUGUUAGACUUAGAGUGCCCAGCUGGAACAGGCACCCGCCAGCACCUAGACCACCUCCACCUACUACAACGGUUGAGAGAGAUUUGCAAAAUCCUGUUGGACUUAGAGUGCCCAGCUGGAAAAGGCAACCGCCAGCACCCAAACCAUGCAUACCAGUUAGAAGAGUGUCUAAUCGAAUCAGGGCCAUGGUGCAGAGUGUUCCAAUUCAAAAGGGUCCACCUGUUUUGAUUGACCUCACAGCUAGGACUAGUACUGAUGGAGAAGGGAGAGUAUUUGGGUUGACCCCAAGAACCCCACAAGUUGCAGAACAUGGUACGGCGACAACAUCCUCAACACCGGCGAAAGGAAAAAGGAUCGCCCAUACCAUUGAAAAAGGAUUACAGAUUAUGGAGUCAAAGCCAAAAAGGAAAAGACCAGAAUGGAAGCAUUGA